ACUGUGAAAGAAAGUAUUGGCGAAAGGAGCUCGCGCAUGGAUGAGUGUGAACUGCGCUGUCACCGCCGGUCCGCUUGUAAAAUGACGGUCUCAAGUGCCAAACUAGCAACUGUGAGUGAGGAAGGCAGCGCAGAUCGUCAACCCCACUAGAUUUGGACAUCAGGCAGUGCAGUAGGGAUUCCUGGGGACAAGUGGCUCUUCAAAAACCAAAAACUUUUUAACUACAGCUUCGCAUCCAACAGAGCCAAUGGCGGCAUCGGAGAAAACGCUCAUUUACCGAGACGACACCGCUUCGUUUAAGAAUUUGAUUUCAAAGGAUUUGCGCCUAAUAGCUCCUCAGGAAGAGUCCCAUUAUGUGGAUCUAAACGACUUGCUGGAUCUAAAAUUAGACAACACAAAUGCAGUGAAAGCGACAUGUACUGGCGACACAAGUCAACUUGACCGGAUUCAUUUAAAUGCGUCAAGUGAAAAAAUACACGAAUCCAAUAAUUAUUCCGGAUGUCAAAUGGACUGCAAGUUAAAAGAGAAAGCGGGAAAGUCUUGCUUUAUUGAAACAGACCCUUCGAAAGUACAUCAAGUCAAUAAAAAUGACAUGGACUGUACCGAAACACAUGCCGAACGGGACCUUAAUUCAGAGAACGCGCCCGGCCAGUCGGAGACACAAGGCACAGACAAUGACAAUGACCAGUACACAGAACUGUAUAUGAGCAGCAGCAAAAGUGAGUCGGACGACGAUGUUACUGUGGUGCUUUCAGAUGAUGGCACGUCAGAAGUUCACGAAGAUGAGUCUCAUUAUAUUACAACCCAUGAAAUCCAGCUUUUGGAGUUGGACCAUGAUGUGGAUUAUGACUAUGAAACGGGAUCGAGUUGGGACAUCGAGGGCGACCACCAGGUCUACUCGUUUGUCGAUUAUGCUUUUUUCGACAGCGAUGAAACGAUAGUAACCAAAGAAGCAAGUAUGAAAAGCCAUCAUGCGCAGGCCACGACAAGCGCUGCAGUUAUAAGCAAUAAGCCGGAGGACAAUCUCUGUGAUUCCGACAAAUGUCCCAGCUCAAGCGAGAGCCUGUCAAAAAAACAGAACAGCGCCGGGCAGAUUCAGUUAUCCAUUAAAGCCACUUCACGCGCUAUAAAUGAGCCAAGUCAUGACAAACAACGUGGAGAUAUAAGUCGUUAUGUUUUGAAAGAGGUGGGUGCAAAAGGCGACAAAGUGCGUGACAACGCAAAGUGUUUUAUUGCUGUGCCGGGGCGCUUGCACUUUGGCAGCAAAGUGAAAAGCAAAGAUGUGAACGAGUACUCAAGCGGUGAGUCCAGCGCAGUGAGCGAGCUGGAUGACGCAGAUAAGGAGGUGCGCAACCUCACUGCCAGAUCAUUUAAAAGUUUGGCAUACCCAUAUUUCGAUGCCAUUAAUUUUAGUACUUCCAGUGAGUCUUCGGCAUCGGAGCAUGGACUGGGAAUCAACAGGUGGUCGACGUUUGUUGACCUAAAGUAUGGCAAUGUAAACAUGCCUAAAUCACGAGAUCAAAGCUUUCUAGCUAAUAAAGGCACCACAUCAAACUUACAGUUCGCCAGAAAGAAGGACGGUAAGGGGAUAACAGGGUUGACAUUAACAAGUAUGCGAGCGCCCCCCGUUGAGAUAUUUGCUAUCAAUGGCAAUUUAGUUGGUCGUAAAAACGCAUCGUCAACAACGAAAAAGAUUGAACUUAUGGGGAAGUUUUCACAAGGUCAAAGUGGGGUCAUAAGGCUGACCGAAACAUUAAAUUUUCGGUGUAAUGUUAAAUCCGGGCAGGCAGAAAAUGAAAGGCGCGUGAAAACUGCACAAAACGCUGGAGGAUCACGUUCCACAGAUGAAGUUACAAACACCUUGCCAAGCGCUCAGGAGAGUGAGGCCAGCCAGCAACCCUGCAAUACAUGGGAAACCAUGGAAGACACGCACAAGAAAGCAGUAUUCGCAUCGAGUCUCCUCAAAAAUGUCAUCUCCAAGAAAAUACAGUUUGAGCAGGAGCGCAAAAUGGAGAGGGGCGAGAUUUGCGAAACCCACCACGCGCCUUCUCCGUGUUUUGCGACGCAUGAACACGAAGCGCAGAAGGAGAAAGUGAAAAGGAAAAGUUCCAAAGGGCUGCAGAGGCAAAGCUCGAAAUUCUCAGAAGCUGACUCUGACUACACCAUCGUCUGCGUGGAUGAACUUGGGGACAUAGUGGACAGUAAUUCAAGCGAUGCGAAAGACGACGGUCACACAGAAGAGGCUUUUACCAGUGCACCAGAAACGAAUGUGGAUUCGGCGAAUGAAGCUGCGAAUGAUACUAAAAAAGGAGCAUUCGAUGCAUCCAAAAGCACCCUGCUUCGAAGCCAAAAUAGCGCGUUCAGAUCGUGGAAGGACGAGGAGCUAGAGUUUCAAAAGGAACAUAAAAACGAUAAAAACCCUGAAGGGAAACUACAACCGCCGCACGAGUGCCCGAGGGAAACGAACUUAUACGUCGAGUCGCCGACCAGCAAACACACUAAAAUGUCACAUUUGUUCGUGCCGAGUAUCCAGCUUCCGUCCGCGGAGAGGGAAUGCAGCAAAUCGCCGCCGAAUAUAAUUGAUUCCGUGCGCGAUCAAGGAGAGAAACUGCGCUCAAACACCCUGCACGUUACAGACGCAUCGCGCGGCGCUGUAAAAUCCAAGUCACCAGAAAUUAAAAUUAGUUUACGGAGCGUACGGGAUAACAAAAGCCACCCGUUCGAUAUCGCGAAGCUGUUGACCCCCAAUAUAAGCUGUAACGCGGCGGGGCCGUUAAAGACAGCUGAUGACACCAGAUGCCAAGCGCUCCCCGCUGCGUUAAAGGGUGAGUCGUCGGGUGAGAAAAUUCCUCACUUCAUAGUCAGAGACAUUAGAGAUAACAAGGGUAAACUACAGCCACCUAUACACCAGGUUAGAGACGUGCGUAAAUUAGUUAAGAGCUCGUACCACUUUGUGCCUUUGGACAGUCAAGACAAGUCUACCCAUUUGACUUCAGAAGGGGAGCACAAAACACCAAAGCAGAGCGCAUGCCUAAAUUCAGCUUCUCUCUCGCCCAUCGUGAUUAAAUGUCAGUCCGUGAAUACAAAUAGCAAUUUCAAGCAAUCUGAAAAUUUAAUAGACUUAUCUAAGCGAAGAUUUUCAGAUGAUGUGCUUGAGCAGGACGCGUCAUCCCCACAAGUUCCUACAGAGGGCGCCAAAAAUGAGAGCAUGCAGAUCCAAAAACCAGUUAACACACUGCCUUUAGACAGCCCAAAGCAAGAGGUUCCAGCUGGUUUAAGAAUUGAGGCAAGUGGCAAUAAACAAGAUAAAAUGAGUGACAUAAGUGAGAAAAAAACUGAACCCAAGAUUGCCAACCAGGGUGCCUUGGAGAAAUUGCAAGCUGCUGUCAAAACGAUGGAGCAGCUGUAUGUUUUUGACAAGAAAGAAUGGAAGAGAAAAUCAGAGCCUCAAAAAAUAACGGAUAGCCACGUGCUCUCACUUAUUGCCAGGGAAGAGCAUGGGGGGACGCUGGAGGAACAGGAAUGCAAUGCUAUUGCACCCACAAUAAACAUAGAUAGGCUUGUGAGACGAGAUUCAAACACAGAGAAAGCCUCAUCUGAUGGACCUUUGUUGACCCAGUCUGAGAUGCCUGCAAAAAAACAAGACAAGGAGACCCCCAACCCAUCAACCACUCCAAUCACUCACAAAGAGAAAACUGACCCUAAACCACUCGUGCAGCAAACAGCAACACCCAGUAAGAAAACAGCCCUGAGACACAGUCAAAAGCCUUUAGCCACAGCAACAAGUUGCAUAAAAACACAGCAAACAGAUGCGUCAUCAUCAGCAUCUCUCACUUCGAAGGGCCUGGCACCAAAGUCUCCAAAACUACCUGUGUGCUUGAAGACAUCUCAACGAAAGCGCAUUAUAGAGGAGAGAGAAAGGCCAAAUGGCAGUGAGACUGAGUUUGCCCCUCUUCAGUUUACUUCCACAGCAGAUUCUGAAAACUACCUAACCAUACCCGUGAAGCCCCACGCCACCUCCGCCGUUAAAAAAACAAACAGAUCUGAACUCGGGAAAACAGCAGUUCCAGCCACGGGAGGUAAAACACGAACUGCCAGUCCACCAUCUUAUCUCAGUCACAGUGAAGUAAGAGGACACAGAGAGAUCCAUCCGUCCCCAAAGCGAUCAUCUAUUGCCAUGGAGACACGGUCCCCAGAUACCCCUACUGCCACUAUUUACCAUACAUCUCUGCCUCUUACGAUGCAAGCAGCUCAACCUCAGGUGAUUUGUUUCUCUCCUGCAGUUCAACCUUCCCCGGUCCAAACAGAGCACUUUCAGCCCACCCAAAGAAAGAUGCUUUUGGAUCCCACCACUGGAAACUACUACCUGGUGGACACUCCGGUCCAGCCGGUCACCAGGCGUCUUUUUGACCCAGAAACUGGGCAGUAUGUGGACAUCCCUAUGCCUCAGCAGCCUCCAAUGACCCCUGUCCCCUUGCCAAUAUCCCCCCUCGCCCUCAGUCCGGGGGCUUAUGGCCAUACCUACAUGUUUUACCCAGGAUACAUGCCAACCACAAUGAUCCCCACCCAUGCUAUUCAGUCCCAGCUGUCUAUGCAGUCAGAGGCAGAAGAAGGAGAUAAAUCCCACUUACACAUGAGACAGCAGGAGGACGCGGCUUACAUGGAGAGCGCUUACUAUAUGCCAUCUGGGAAUUCGUCACACGCAACGUCUGCAGCCCAACACAUUACCACCAGCAGGUUAUCCAACAGCAAGCAGCCUAUCAUCAGCAUAAGCUCCCAGCACGGGCCAAGGAUCAUUGCUCCCCCCUCCUUUGAUGGCACAACCAUGAGCUUUGUGGUGGAGCAUCGGUAAAGGCGUACUCAUAUUGAAUGCAAGUGAGCCACACUACAUCACGUUAUUGUCCUGAACCUAUUCACCAUAUUUUGGAAUCAUGAUUACCAUCACAAACAUCAUCAUAAUCAUCCUUAUCAAAAUAACAUUGCCCGGUUAUUAUUGUAGUUCUCUGUUUCAGUAGCGCACUUGUCUAACAUUGUGUUGUAAACUGCUUUGUCUCUCAAAUCUUUAUGAAAGUUGCUGGAAAUUGUAGUUGUGCAUUAUAUACACAUUUAGUUUAUUGUUUAAAAAAAGUUUACUGUUGGCACCUUAAAAAAAUAUCAACCAAAGUAAUCAGUCAUAUUAAGUAAAGAGUACCCAUUUUUAAAAGAAAUGACAAUUACAUGCCCACAUAUUUUUAAUGCACAUGUAAAUUACAUGGUAUAUCUUCUUUUUAGUGUGCAUUUUGAUGCACAUUAAAUAAUUAGCUUUAUUACAUAAAAUACAUAAAGUUUCUUCGUGUAUCACUUAUCCUUUAACGGAAGUUCUUUUUGCUGACCUUGCUUCUCAACACUUUUCCUUUAGAGGCGUUCUGCAAAAUGAUUGGAUUACAAUUUUAUAUUGUAUAUUUUUUGUCGUUUCCUGCUGGUAUUAAAUAGACCACCACAUAAAAACACACAAUACUGUGUGGAUGGUGGGGUGAAUGGAAUUUUUUAGGGGAUGGUCCUCUAUUUUAUUAUAGUACCAGUAAAGUAUGAGUGUGUGAGCGAAUGUGUUCACCAGAUCACUUUGAUUUGGUAUUGCAGUUCCUUCUGUUCAGGCAACAGUGAUAAAGAAUCAAGGUCAAGUGAAUUGAUUUCUGGUAAAGAUAUGAGAGGUAUGUAUGUUAGAGAUUUUUUGUAUUUAAAUGCAUACUGCUACUCAGAGUCAAAUAUCCAGUCACUCUGCCCAAAUAAUUUUUUGGAUAAGGGAUUUUAAUCUGCAAAUACUCACAUUUAUGUAUCACUGUAAUUUAUCUGUUGUAUGUUAUUUUUGCUUGAUUUGUCUCUUGGUUUCUAAAGUGAAAUCGAAUUGUAUCUAUUAUAUGAUUGUGUUUUGAUAGCCCUAUAUUAAUUUAUCAUAUAAUUCAAUAUUUCAAUAGAAACAUGGCCAAUUACAGUACAUUUUAGCUCCAAUUGAAAUUAAUUGAAUUGUCUAUAAUAAAAAUGUAUUCUUUUUAACUACAAAGAAUAGCCAUCUCAGGACCCGUGUACAGUGAAAAAAUAGUUCUUGAUUAGAAUUUUUUUGCUUAACCUAAUGCACUUUUUAAAACCCUUUAUUUCAAGAAUGUAAUGUAGGUUUACAUGAAUUGAAAUGAAUGUUUGAAAUUAAUCAUAGCCCAGACUCAGAUAUUUCUAACAAAUCAAACUAUCUUUAAAUUUGCAAUUAUUUUAAAUGUUUGUCAAGCAGAGUCAGUACAUUUGGUUACUCUGUUCUUUUGGACAAAGCUUGAUUUUUUAAUGUUCUAAGUAUAUCAGUGUUGGAGCUGCUGGUCAGUCCGUUAAGUUGUCUUUGAGAAAGUUUGGUGUGCUGUUUUUUCUUAAGGUUGAUCAGAAUAUCAGAGCAUUUCAAUGACAAUGAUUUUUUAAAAUAAAACAUAAUAAAUGCAGAUCAAAUCUGUACAGCACUGUAUGUAAAAAUGUGUUUAGUGUUUAGUAUGCACUGUAUGUUGAUUAUGUGUAGUCUGUACAGAGGAUAAUGCAAAAGACUUGUAGUGAUGUAAUCAGGAAUCACUUGAUGUCAUAAAGGCAAACGUGUUUUAUAAGUCACAUCUUAUGACUGGUGUUUGAGUAAGAUUCAAAUGAUGGCAACGUAAUGUUUACAAGGGUAAGAGGCAUGUGUAAAGAAGGGUAUGUGUAAGUAAGAAUAUACUAUUGUGUUUGGAAAGAAUUAAGACUGAAAAUCAAAGGAUUGCAAAGGAAGAAAUGUUUAUUAAGAUGUUCUUAUAAAUAAAACUGUUUGCAUAAAGAA